CGUGAGACGUAGCCCUAGAUAUACCUCCAUUACAAACGUAAUCAGCAAUUCCACGUCUCAAUACCUCCAGUGUGCAAGGUCGGAUAUUUGAAAAUUUACAUCGAGAAUGGCAGAUUCAUAUCAAGUCCUAGCUAGUUGCAUGUUACUGGUGGCAAUCAGCUGUGUUUCGCGCGCGCGUGAUUGUAUCCCUGUGCACGGAUAUGAGAGUUGCGCGUGCUAUUUUCCAGCAGUUAAUGACACAAGGGAAUAUGUCAACCUUCUACCAUUGAAGACAAAUUCGUCUUCUCCAAGGUAUGUCUUGUGCUCGUUGUGUAAAGUUGAGAUUCACUUUUCCUGACUGAAACACUUCAGAACACCUUUGUUUACGUAAACUUUCGAAGAAACUUCGCAACUUGUGGCAACGUAGAUCAGAUUGUUGCGUCAAGAGGUACAAUUUCUCUCGUCGAUGCCUAAAAUUUUUGCAGGCUUCUUUUCUAGAUUUAAUCUCAUUAAUUGAAGCUCUCUCUGGAGAAUCAUUUCUUAACUGAAAGUUUUGUAAGCGAACUGAACGCAAGGUUUACGCACAGCCCCAAAUUAUAUUAUGCACGCAAUUCUUAGAAAACAAUAACGACAACGGUAGAGUGAUUACGACUCUCUUGAAAUCUUAUAGAAUUGAAUAAACUUAUUUCUAGAUCGUGCAAGCUUUUUCUCCAACAUCAGCCGUUCUUUGCGAAGAAGAAUGAGCUUGAUAUAAUAGAAAUAAAUGAUGCCGAUUGCUAGGGAAUUAUCACGUGCUCGUGUUAAUUAACUCAACCAACGGAGUCGUAAUCAAUUAUUUAAAUUCUACAACUAUGGUACUUAAUUGAGUUUUUGUUGGUGAUGCGUUAUUGACCAAGCGUGAGAUCUGGUCGCUGGAACGGUUACAUCAGUUAGGAUGUACAAUUGUUAGAGCAGCAUUUGCAUAAAUUCACGACUUGCCUGUACUUGCAAGUCAAACACUGUUUGUAAGUCAUAAUUAGCCAUCUGUGACCAACAGGCUUAACUCAAUGCAGUAAUUAUUGUGUCGUCAAAAUAUUUAAAGAAGAAACUUUCAUCUUAAAAAUGGGAAAUACUAAGCAGUAGUGUACUGAAAGUGGAAGUAGCCUAUCAUUUACUAUGCUGUAAAUUUGAUUAAAAGGUCCUGAGGUCAAGUGAUUGUAAUUCGCAGUGGUUGAUAAUUUGUAACAUACAUUUUGUAGGUUUACAAGUAAGACCGAGAACAAUUGGUACAUAUCUUACAGUCCAUGUGCUGAAUUCAGUGAGUUUGUUGGGGAAAACAGUACCAGCACCAUCUCUUGUUCUAAGAGUUCGGUGGGUAUCUAUUGGCUUCUGAGAUCUAAGGAUUACAUAUAUUGUAAUAGAUGAGAGUGCAUGUUCACUUGUCUGGAGAUUGCAAGGGAUUAAGACCCAACGAGUCACGCAUGUAAUAAAAAGCAAAUGGGAAGAGUGAUCAAUCCUUAUUAUUUCAUUACUGUAAUUAUAAAUCUCUCAAAAAAUCCAAAGUGAAUUGCUAUUUUUGGCAAGUAAACAUUAUAGUAAGUGCAGUCUGGUGCUUCCAGGCAGGAGUGGGUUAAUCAGUGCAAAAUUAAUUGGUUUUUUGAUGGAUCAAUUUUGCAGACCACAUUUCACUGCACAACCUGCUAAAUUCAGAAAGUAGAAAGUUUGAAUCAAAGUCUUCUGCCUGCAUUUGAACUCAGGGAUGUAAUAUGUUGUAAAUAUCUUACUAACCCAGUUUUCUCAGUCCAACUGUGAGUUAUGGAACCUCCUUAUUUCCUCUCCAAUUUAUAGCCUGUUCAUCGUGGGCUCAAUUAGUAAGAGUUAUGAAUGCUUGUUUUUGUACAUACACUUAUUGAUCUCAAAUUGUAUACUAGGUUGCCAGAUGGACUAACUUAUCCGCUCACCAGUGUGAUAGUUUGGGUGAUGAAGCCAGUGGAAAAUUUGAAAUGGAUGUUCACAGUGAAUUUGUCCAAUCGAAUCUUACCCUUAAAUUUCAGUGAGUGCUUUUAACUUAUCUAAUUAACAAGAAUUAAAACAAGAUUAGUCACUAAAAGAGUGCAUGUAGGUGCUAACAUUAGGUAGCUAUUUGGAAAAAAACCUCAGCACUGAAACUUAUUAUUAUUAUUGUUAUUAUUAUUCAUGAUCCAAUAACAUUGUUAUUAACUGUUGCUUUGUUCUGCUAUGCAUGCCUUUUCUUCUAGCAUCUGUAAUCAUCCAUGAAUUAUUUAAACCAAUCUUUGGAAUCUAUGAUAUUUUAUAUGUAGAUGUGGAAAUUCUAGUUUUUGUUCAAUCUAAAAUGUCUAUUUCAUUGUUACAUUGCUGUCUUUGUCAUCAUCAUUUUUCACCGUUGUAAUAAUGAUUGUAAUUCUCAUGGUCAUGAUUAUUUUUGUCAUCAUCAUUACUGCUUGCAGCAUCAAUAUUGUUAUUUCCAUCAGUAAUAUUAUUAUCAUUAUCAUCAUUAUAAUUAUUAUGGAUUUUAACCAAGUUACUACUUGCCUCAAAGUGUUAAAUUAUCUUCCUUUUUUGUGUUACAGGAAUUCCAAAAGUAAACAUAGGGCUGUGAUUUCAUUAAUCUGCAAUCAAUCUUUACCACAAAAUGAGGCGGUCUUUGAAUAUGUUGGUACCAUAAAUGUUCCAGUGGAUACAUAUGUAAGUACACAUCAGUGGAUACAUUGGCUAAAAAUGUCAAACAUUUCAGGAGUUGAUAUUUUCUUUACCUAACCACUUUUGAAAGUGGUACUUAUUUUACAUAACAAGCAGGACCCAGUUGUUUGUAGGCAGACUAGCACUAACCCAAGGUUAAAUGUGAAUCUGGGUUUUUUUAUUCCAUUAUUCAAAUGCCUUUUUGGGAUAAUUUCUUGCAUUCUUUUUAGAGCAUGAAAUAGUCUUAUUCUAGACAAAAGAAUUUGACUGAAUUUUGUCUUAAAGAGACUCCUUAGGGUUUUUUCUCAAUGAUGGUGUGCACGCCUGCGGUAUGUUUUUUCUAGAAAAUUUUUAUGUUUUUGCAUUUCAAGGUCACUAAAACCAUCAAAAGGCAAUGAUCAGAGUUCAAACUUUUGUUUGCUUUAGUAAAUACUGUAAAAAUAAUUUGCUUUAUUGAGCUAAGGUUCUAUGAAGGGAGGCGCUCACCAGCGAUAAUUGCUUUGCCUUAGAUUUUCUUCAAUUUGCUUCUAUGAAAUAUCUCUCAAAAUUUUCAUAAUUUGAAAUGUGAUAAUCUUACUUGAAAGAUCCCUAUUUUCUAUGUUGCAUAAUAUUACAUAAUGGGAUAGAACUUUGUAAAGAUCAGUAUCUGAGCAUGUUUAGAAUUUUAAAUCUGUCGCCUUUUGGCAAUCUUUUUCCUCUAUGUUUUCUUUUCGGUUGGCCUCUUUUUCAGGCAUAGAAGGCCUAUGAAUGUUAUGGGUACAAUUGCUGGAAACCCUAGAUUCCAUCACAUAAAAACUAUAUUGUGUAAAACUGUCUUAAACACACCUUUUCAGUUAACACUAUUGCAAUCAUAGCAAGCCACCAUGUUUGUUUUGCUAACAAUUUUAGAGCUUGUGCUUAAUUUUCAUACCCAGAUCUCAUGCGGCCAAAAAACCUUAUGGAGCCUUGUUAAAGCUAUCAGAUCUGAAAUCAGAUUUCACACUAACCCUGGAUUAUCUUAACCCAGCUUUAAAAAACCUUGCCCUGAGCUAUACACUCCUUUUGAGUAGUACUGACUUUUCGAGGAUGAAAAGAUCACCACUAAGAACAAUUUUCCUUCUUAAAUUGUUGCAUAAAACAAAUAGGUUCCAUGUUGCUUCCUGCCUGUUCUACAACAACAUGUUUGACACAACUGGCUGGACUUAAAGUAACAAUCUUUAGUUCGUACUACAUUUUUAUGUCAUCUGUGAUGUAUUAAUGAACAAACCCAUGUCAACAUGUAAUGUAUUUGUUAACUUUAAUACAUUACACAUCUUGCAGUGUUUAUCGUGAAUAUUCAGGCAGGCGAGAAUACUAUAACACUAAAAUUGAUUACCAGUAUUAGAUAUUUGGAGUGUCAUACCAAAAGGCAGGGCCUGGAACUCAAACCUGUAGCACUGAGAUUGGCAGACAGUUAGAUAACGAAAGGGAAAAUACAAUUUGGACUUUGUGUAUGUUUUCAGAAGAAAGAGUGAAUGUUAAUAUUGAGGUGAACUGAGAAUGAGUUUUAUAGUAAUUUUAUUUUGGGUAUCAUUUGACAAAAUUGAGCUUGCCUACACUGAAUAACUUUAAAAACUCAAAACUGAAAAUAAGCAAUGUACAAGAAAAAACAAUUUAUUUUGAUUUACAGUGUAUCUGUACCAUAUGUUCAAAUGCUGUUCUUUAUAUCUUCAAACAGUAUUUAUCAUUGACCAGUGCUUGCUGUUGUCAAGGAAAAUGUGGAAUUCCUCCUGGUAAGAGUUAU